AUGGCGGAGUUCGAGGCCACUUUUGCUAGUUUGUCCAGAUUUGCUCCUGAGCUUAUGGCUACAAAAGAGCGCCGUUGUAUUAAGUUUGAGACUCGACUGAGAGAUGCACUUGCCUACUGUGUGGGCGGGUCUAUGAUGAGGGAGUAUAACCUUCUUAUCGAGGCAGCGGCAUAUAUGGAAACCCAGUUAGGAGCUGGAGAGAAGAAGAUGAGGGGUUUCAGGCAGAGAGGCCAGAAGAUACAGGGUGAGACCCAACAUAACAAGAGGCAGAAAGGUUUUACACCACAACAGUCUCAUGGGGCACAGUCUAGGUCUACUUUUCCAGUGCCAAGUUCAGGGGUAGGGGGAGGUGGCCAAGGAGGAUUUUCUUGUUUCAAGUGUGGCCAGUUGGGUCACAAGUCCUUUUCUUGCCCAUAG